AUGCGUGCGGGAUUCCUAGGUAUCGCCCUGUGUGCUCUUGGGGCAUUGGGAGCUCCGAGUUUGCCUAGAGGGGCUCAAGGACUGCCCAAGAGAGAUCAAAAGGCCUUUUCUUUUCCUUUGUCGGAUGGAUUCCCCAACAUUGAUGGCAACUCAAGUGCUCUCCAGGCGAUACAAGCACAAGCUCAUGGGACCCUCCCGAAUGGGCCCCUGCCGACAUCGAUAGCUGACGUCUCUGCGAUCGUCUGGUCCCUUAUCGCCUUCAACGAGCUCUUCGAGGUGGCCUAUUUCAGCAGCCUGAUCAGCAACAUUACAGGAAACGUGCACGGAUAUGAGAUUGGCAGCACCGCCGCCUCGGGCGUUGUCCUCAACGCGUUGCAGACUGUUCAAGCCCAGGAAAAGCUGCACGCGCUCGGCGCCAACGGCAUUCUCAAGGCUGCGGGACGAAAGACCAUUUCGCCGUGCGAAUACGUCUUUCCAGUGGACAACUUUGAGGACGCCAUUGCCUUUGCGUCAACUUUCACCGAUAUUGUGCUCGGCACUCUGCAGGAGGCCCAGACAAAUUUCGGCCUCGAUGGCGAUGCCGAGUUCAUUGGACUGGUCGGCUCCGUCAUUGGACAGGAGGGCGAGCAAAAUGGAUUCUAUCGAUCCAUUGGCCAGCCCUCUAGGGUACCCUCGUCGCAGCCAUUCCUGACCGCUUCGGCUGGCAUUUUCGCCCUCUCUACACUGCACCAAAUGGUCGUUGUGCCUGGAUCCUGCCCAGACACGAUACCAAUUCCCGUCCUGGAUGCGCUCAAUGUUGACACGGAUAAGAUUAGUCCACAAACGGCGGAGAUUCAGUUCAGCUUUCACACCAACGACACAAAGCUCGACACGGACAACCUGAGCCUGGUGUAUAUCAAUGGGCAAAACCUUCCCCUUGUUGAGAAGCUCUCUAAUGUCAACAAUCAUAACGGCAUGGUUCAAUUCAGUGCGCCAUUCCCCUACCAACACUACCAGAUGGACGGUCUGACUCUUGCGGCCGUGACCAAGAGCUCUGGACCAUUUGCCAAUGCUAGUGAUGUUGCUGGCCAUGCUCUGUUCGGCCCUGGUAUCAUCGAGGUUAACUGA